AUGCGGGGUACCAGAAGGGUUUUAGGUAUAUCACUAAAUAUAGAUGAGAUCAUCGAUGAGUUGCACAUACAUGAGAAUGCUUUCAAAAAGAUGGGCAAUCUCCGUUUCCUAACAAUUUUCACGAAUAAAUAUAUGCCCGACAAAAAGGUGCACUUACCUGACAGCUUCGACCAUUUGCCGCCUAAACUCAAAUUGUUAUGUUGGGAAGGAUACCCAAUGAAAAGUUUGCCUUCUAAUUUUUGUCCUCGAAGACUCGUCAAGCUCAAAAUGAAGAAUAGCAAGCUCAAAAAGUUGUGGGAAGGAUCUUGGAACCUAACAUGUCUCAAGGAGGUGAAUUUGUGGGGAUCUGAAAACCUAAAAGAGAUCCCAGAUCUUUCCAGGGCCACCAAUUUAGAGAAGCUUUAUCUUAACUAUCGUUUGAGUUGGGGGAAGAAUCCUUCCUCUAUGCAGAAUUUCAAUAAUCUAACAAAGGUGGAAACCCAUCCAACCCCCAUUAACCACGAAACUACCAAAGGCCUCCCUGUCGCAGAGUUUUGCAUGGAUAAAGUAAAAUUUGAGAAACUAUUGGAAGGAAUACAGCCGCUUAUGUGCAUGGGAACGAUGCUGCCUGCGUCUUUGAAGGUGUUGUUUCUCUCAGAUAUCCCAAAUAUGGUGGAGCUUCCUUUCUCUAUUCAGAACCUCAGUAACCUAACGGACAUGAAGAUUAUAAGAUGCAUAGAUCUGGAGAUUCUUCCUACUGGAAUCAACCUUGUCUCUCUGGAACGUCUCAAUCUCAACGGAUGCUCUCGCUUGAAAACCUUUCCUGAUAUCUCAAGAAACAUCUCAUCUCUUUAUCUAGAAGAAACAGCAAUAGAAGAAGUCCCUCCGUGGUCUGAGAACUUCUCUAAGCUCAAAUAUCUACUCAUGCAAGGAUGCAGUAAGUUAGAGUACGCUUACCUAAACGUUUCUAAACUGAAACAUCUCGAGUUGGUUAACUUUUCGCACUGUGGGGCAUUGACUGGUGCUGAUUUGAUCGGUUAUCCAAGUGGCAUGGCACUGGAAGGAGGGAUUAUUGGCACAGAGUUACAAGCCUCCUCUUCUGCUCCAGACAAUGAUGUCCCAAAAGUCGAGUUCAGUUUCAUCAACUGCUUCAAGUUGGAUGAAGAAGCUGUUCUUCAACAACUCUCUUAUGAGAAACUCAUCUUGUCCGGUGAAGAAAUGCCGUUAUACUUCACUCACCGAACUACAGGAACCUCUAUGGCCUUCCCUCUUGUUCAGACCCCUCACUCUCCACCAUUCUUCAGGUUUAGGGUUUGCGCUGUGGCUGUUUUCAACUCUAAGCUCACCUCUGGUGGUACCAUUGGAGUCUUUACAAAGGUAAAGUGUCAAUUCAAAAGCAGACUCGGAAGUUACUAUGAUUCCCCUUAUCAACAGGACUACUUCUCGGUAUAUCAGAACGGGAGUUAUCUUCUUUUACUAGACUGUGUUGUCCCUCUGAGGAAAGGCAAUGCUACUCUAGCUGACAUGGACUACGAUUACGUGAAUAUACAGUUUCAUAUGAGUAGUAGUAAGUUCAAAUUAAAAGAAUGGGGUAUACGACUCUGGGAGAACUGUUCGUCUGUGGAAAACCGACUUGGUAGUACAACCACUAUUCCACAAAUUUGUGAAGACGAUGAAGACAAUGUGGUUAAGUCUUUGAUUCAUGAGACUGAGGAUGGUGAGGAGUGUGGAGAUAGACGUAGAGAAGAAGGGAAUACGACCACCUGA